AACGUGCGUGCUCCGGUUGCCUGGGCUACGAGCGCACGGUGCAUGCCACUUGCGGCACGCACAGGCCCGCGCACCGUGUAGUGAAUACCGCGCGCGGUGCAGGGAGGGUGGAAGGAACAAGUGUUCCAAGAGGAAGCGACGAGCACACACGGGUAAAAGCGAAAGAUGGCGAUGGCGCAGUAGUGAUGCAGUGCGAGCGUGUGCUCCGUUGUCGUUUGCCCCGAUCGUCGUCGCUCGUUGAGCGGAGCGCGGCCAAAUGACAUGGGAAUUUGCAGCAGAAGGCACUUUCUAUUGACAAUAUGCAGCCUGCAACUUAUUACUACUAUCGAACGACAAAUCUUCGACUUUUUGGGGUUCAUGUGGGCCCCGAUACUGGUCAACUUCUUCAAUAUUAUCUUCGUAAUUCUAGGAUUCUUUGGGGCCUUUCAGUAUAGACCUAAAUAUAUUAUAUCGUAUUGUAUAUGGAAUACAUUAUGGCUAGGAUGGAACAUAUUUAUCAUAUGCUUUUACCUCAAUGUAGGGAUACUGGACAAACAUAGUGACAUACUUAACCUUGGUACUGGUAGUUUUUCAUGGUGGUAUGUGAAUGGGCCAGGCUGCAAAGCCGUUUACGAUGUAACGGAGCCAGAGCUUUUUCGACCUGCACGACCUACUAAUGUAACAGACUGCGUGCUGGAUUAUGAAGUGAUAGAAAUUUUACACGCCGCAACGCAAUGUCUUUUAGGUAUUUUGGCGAUUGUCGGCGGAAUUUGUCUCAGUAAAGUGUUCCUUGAGGAAGAUGAUAGCUUACGAACUAAACGAAAGAAGAAGCAGCCGCGGCCGCUGUACAGCAUCGAGUACUCGCAGCCCGAGCCGCCGCCACAGGAUGACAGUGUAUCGCCGAAGCCGAUGACGCCGCGCCGGGUGAAGCGACGUUCCGUCAUCUCUCGAGACAGCACGCGGCGUUCCAGCAUACGGCGCAGCUCGGUGCGGCAGUCACGCCGCAAGAAUCCGGUAAACCGCAUCAUGGACCAUCAGGAGAGCCUAUACGCGAACACGGUCACACCCUGCAUCGCCAAUCUGACGAAUCAGAACGUCAGCACGCUGUCGCAGGGCACAAUCAACUACGACCGGAUCGCGGUCGGCUGGGACCGCGAGCGGAACGCCGACCGCAACUGGCAACCAGAGGCGGUGAACAUAUCGGUGUCGUCGCCGACCUUAUGGCCACCUGGCACUCAAGACUCCUCCAACAAUUACUCUUCGAACGCUUCGACCGCCUUCCCGGCCAGUCAGAGUCCGCCCGCUAUUUGGGACCAACAUCCGACCACUAGUUCGACCCGCAACCUCACCGACAACUGGCAGGCCUCGCCGGGUGAGCUAAAACCGAUGCAGUGGCAGGGUCAGAGCAACCCCACGUUCCAGCAAACUAGCACGCAGAGCCUGAACGGCGAGGACAUGGAGGAGCUCUACAGCAAUCGGCCGGCCAGCGCUAGGUCCAGUUACAGCAAUUACCAUGGAGUCAGGGCGACGCCGCAGGUGCCUAAUCGCACUGACGUUGUCAGACAGAGCCAGCGACAGUUCGUGCUCAGCGGACCGCCUGCUUAUCAGGACACGGUGAUCUGACGAUGCAGCGACCUGGAGAAUCCUCCUGGAGAUGUAUGCCGCGCGGCGUAUAUAUAUUGACGGCAAUCUCGAGAUAAUAAAUUGCAAGCGAUGAAAAAAUUGGCCUUACACAAUCGUCUGCUAUUUGUCAGAGUAAGUGAGAUAAUUGAUUGUAGGUAGAAUGUGUGAUAACGCUCAUCCACGCGAACAUAAAAAUGGCGAAUAUUUUUGAUAGCGAUAAUCGCGCAUGCCUUCGAUUCAAAGGAAACAAAAGUAACAAAGACUUAAAGAAAUCGUAGCGCAUUCAAGUUGUAAUAAUUUUAAAUGGUUAUUUUAACUGUUUUAUUCAUUACAUGGUAAUUAAAGCGAUUGUUUAAUAUUUGGAAUUUAUGGAAAAAGAAGCCGAGCAUCGCGAUUUCGCCGAUUUCAGAGCUUUACUUGAUACCUAUUGAUGCGACAGAUCUCUACUAGUGUUGCAUCGUAUUGUACUAUAAAAAGUAAUACUAGGCAACUUUACUUAAAGACUCGAAGAGCCGUUGUUCGCUCUUUCGGUCGUUUCGCAAUAUUACGUUAGAGAUAUUCAAGUGGUGUACGUUUGCAUCAUUGCCUUUAGUUUAGACGAUAAUGGAAUCGACGUACAGUCGAUGUGAUAUGGGAUUAUCUUGAGAACAUUGUAAGUUAACUUUUAUAUAAUCGUUACAUUUAAAUUGACAGCACAGAGUUUGCAGUGUAAGGUGCCUAGGCUGAAUAAGGUUUACUUAAUUUAUUUUGUUUUUGAAAAACUUUAAAUAAAAUUAAAAAAAUAGAGUUUUAAAAACUAUUUCUGAAAAAUUUACUUAAUAUACUCAUAAAAGUUAAUUUUAAGAUAUUAAAACGUUUAUUUUUAUUUUAAAUCUAAACAUUUUGCUUAAAAUAUUUUUAAGUAUCUAAAAAACAAAAAUAAAACAUUUUAAUAUCUUAAGAUAAAACACAUCAUUUUGAGUUGAAGUUUUUGAACAAUAAAAUAAAUUAAAUUGGUCUUUUUCGGCUUAAAUAUCUUAUACAAAACUUAUACCACUUUUAAAGUAGACAAUGAAAAUUGCCUUCACUCUCAGGAUUGAUCUAUCCGACUGACGUGAAAUUAGUACGAAGUUUAAUGAAAUCAAAUUCUUAAUAGCGUUAGAACGUAACAUAUAUUCUUUCAUUUUUCGUUGUUAAAAGAUUUCUUAGAAAUUUUACACUUAUCAUUAAUCAUUCUAUUUAUAUCAUAGAGCUAAGGAUCUUUUUGUUCUGCGCAUAAAAUCAAAAACUCUCAUCGCAUUAUUUGUACAUAUAAAUAUAGAUUUAUAAUCAUGUAUCACACUCUCGAAAGCGUAUUAUCAACAACUAUACAAUCAUGCAAUUUUAUUUAUAAUUUUUUUCUAAACUGCGACCUAACGGCGGUUGACGCUAUUUUUGAGCACUUUAUGACAAUAUAAAAUUUAAAGAUAUCCAUCAUUUUAAGACUUAUGACGUUUUCGAGUCAACUUUUUACUAUUUGUACACGAUUCGUUUGUAUUUGAACAUUUAUUGUAAGUGUAUAUUUGAGCAUACACGAUUAUGCUGCAGUCUUCCAAAUUUUAGAAAAUAAAAAUUAAUGCGAUUCUUUUUUGUGUACAUUAGCGACUGAUAAACUUGUAGAAUUAUAAUGACGUACAAUGUUAUACCGCGUGCAAUACAAUGCACAAUCUGUUUUAUAAUGUUAUGAAAUCUCUGGCGAAAAUUUUUCUCAGAAAUCUAUAUAAUUUUCUAUAUAAGAAUUCUUACAUAAAUUUCAGAAUUUUUUUAUAAUUUUAUAACAUUUUAGAUAAUUUCUUACAUUUUUAUAUGAAUUGGAACACCUUUUAGAAAUAUUAAGAAAGUUUAUAUCUUUUUUAAAAUUUUGUACACGUACACACACACUAUAUGUACAUACUACAUAUAUUUAUGUAAUACAAGCAUAUAUAAAUUCUACAACAUUCUAAAACUUUAAAAUUUUUUUAUUCUACAGCUGUUUAAAAAAUUAUUAAAUUUGAAGAAUUUUAAAAUAAAAAAAAAAUGUUUAUUUUUACAUUUAAAAUACGAAAAAUUCUUUAAACCAUUAUAAAAAUGUUAUGAGAACUUUUUUCAUCAGAGAUACUAUAGAUAUAAUUUCGUUGAAAAACACAAAUUGACUUUGACAGCCUAAGCUAGUUUUAAAUCAUGCAUUAUUUUCGAAUAUUCUUAUUUAUAGGAUUGAUUAGAAAAUUUGAAUGUUUUUAAAGUGCCAAAAGUCAUUUCCGUAAUAAAAUUUUAACUUAUUUUUAAUUGCUUAAUUAUAAAAAAAACGAUGAUUGUCAAUUAAAUUAAAAUUUUUGUAUUAGUUUGAUAAUUAACAAAAUUUAGCGAAAUAUGCUUUUUUUUCGUUUAUUAAUUACAUUUUUUUUUAUUGUUAAUAUCUUUCAUGCUAUAAAUGUUGGCUUGUAAUAAGUGCGUCGAGAAUUAGGUAGAGGAGAUGCAAACCAAAGUAUUAAAUAUCAAUGUAAAAUAAGAUCUAUCAAAACUGCCUCACUCCUGUUCUGAUUAUUGUACAAUUUAUUGUAGAAUUAAUUCUGAUACUUGGAUCAAAUAAAAUGUCCAAGUGAGUUACUUCGUUCUGGUUAAUUAUAAGAAUCUCGUAGUUUUAUAAUUGUACAUUAAUUGGACGAUUACAUUUACAAAUGGAGUAGAAUAGUUUCACGUACAAGGCAGCUAUCUUAUUCAUUGCAAAGCACAUAUAGUGUUAUAUCGGUGCACUUUGUUUUAUUAAGAUGACUUUUUGUGUCAGUUCGCAUUACAUAUCGCAUCAUGCAGUUUUAAACGAUGGAAAUUUUGUGAUUGUUAUUUGGAUUACAAUUAUUCAGUACAUAAGAAAUCACAAUCGAGAUUUACGGUUAUUAUUACAAUAUAUUAUAUUAUCAUGUAACACAAUUGCAAGACAAUAAACGAUAAAUGUUCAUUACCCUA